AGCAAUUGAGAACGAUUGAGUUUCGUAUGCUUACGGCAAUUUUCGCUUCACGAUCUGAGACGGCAGUGACGCAAAUGACUGGAAGAGAAACCGAAAGUGGGUGCUGAAUAUCAAGAGGCUGGGCUUCAAUGUAACCAGAAAGUUGAAUUUUAGAAACAAAACUUGUUAGACGAAGAUAAAUACGUGUGACAUUCGUCCUUUUUUUUACUUCUAGUAAACUGGGGUUGUUUCGGAUCAGCACUCCGCAAGUGUACAUGUCUACAUGGAAGUAUAGGUGACAUGAAGUCAAAAAUGUUCUAAACGGCGAAGAGCCGACUGACUCAUCUCUUAAGAGCGAGGAUUCAGAUUUUACGUCUGGGAGGUGGUCUCCUCACUGAAAAUAAUAAAAUCUGUUAUUGUUUUUUGAACCAGUCAGAACUACAACUUGUUUAGCAGUGCCCAAAGCCAGCUGCCAGAGUUUAGGAGGUGCAGGUCAUCUCCAAAUGGAUGACAAUGAUAUCAACAGAAGAGGUGGCCCCCGAGGACGAGGUGGCAUGAGGGGAAGAGCAAGAGCAAGAGGCGGAGCUAAUACUGACAACAGAAGAGAUGAAGGCGCUCCAUGGCUAGGUGGGAAUCGAGCCCCAAAUAACCAAAGAGAUGGUUGGAGAGGUAACCGUAUAGGACCUGACCAUAGGGAGCUGGAACAAGGCAUAUUCGCAGGAGGUCGAAACAGGGGAGCAAACUUUGAAUUUAGAAGGAAUCAUAUAGGGGGAGAUGGAGAAUGGGAAGGGAGAAAUGAAAAUGGUGCUUGGAGGAGAGGGAGAGGAGGACGAGUUCCAAGAGGAGGACAGGGAAGGCCAAGUGGAGAACCCAGAGCUGGAAAUGAUCAGGGGCCAGGUGUUAAGAGGUUGGGUUUUAAUUUUCUUCAAGAGCUUUCUGAGAAAGAGCCUUCAGAAGUGGCCAUCACAUUAUCAUCAAGUGCUGCUUUACGCGAUCUUUUGGAGCAACCAAAGAUGAGACAAGACAUGGUGCAGCUUCUCUGCAAAGUUCUUAGCAAGGCUGUUGGAUGCCGGCUUGACCGAAAGAUAGUUCAGCAUUUGAUAGGAGCUCUUAAGAAUUCUGCUUUUCUCCAGACUGUUCUCCCUCAUUACAUUAUGGGUAUGGCGAUAGAACCAGUGCCAGCUCGCCGGCACCAGUACCCAGAACACUUGGAGCACAUUUUGACUUUACUUUCUGAUAUGGUAAAUAUCUUCCCAGCCAGCUCCAUUCAAGUGGCCUCCAUGCUGGUGACAAUCCUUCAGCCAGUAAUUAACAGCUUACGAGCUACAGGUGUGACAGUGUCUGAAAAGACUGAACAGAACUUAGAGAAAAUCAUGGAAAUUGUUACUCAUCUUCAAGAGAAGCGAAGAGAUGGUACUUUGCGUUCUGAUACAUAUACCUUAAUGGGGCCUGAUGAAGUGGGUCCCCCAGGAGAGGGUGAUUUCAGGACAAUAUCCAUCUAUCCCACCUCUGAUGAAAUACAUGCUGAAGAGAAACCUUUUCUCAGGCCAAAUGUUAUUUCACAUGGCUAUGCUAGCACGGCUGUCUACCUCGACACACACUUUCGUCUGCUCAGGGAGGACUAUGUGCGCCCCCUUAGAGAUGGAAUCAGGGAACUGCUAAGAAAUUACCUUGCCCCUGCAGAGAGGGCACAAGGGAACAUGAAGAAUAAGAGAUUUGAUGACAUCAGGGUGUAUUUCGACACUCGUUUGCUUGUCCCCCUCUGUACUCCCUCAGGCAUCGCCUACAAAGUGCACUUUGACACUCGACCAUUGAAAUUUGUACGCUGGCAAAAUUCGAAACGAUUGCUCUAUGGCUCUCUAGUGUGCAUGUCACGUGACAACUUUGAGACAUUUCUGUUUGCUACUGUGGCAGACCGUGAUCCAGAGGAUCUUCAGAAGGGGUUUGUAAAGCUCACAUUCAUGAAGGAAAGCCAUGAAGCACUUGCUGCCAUACAGCCUUCUGACACUUUCCUCAUGGUAGAGACAACAGCAUACUUUGAGGCUUAUCGUCAUGUGCUUGAAGGGCUGCAGGAGUUGCAAGAGGAUGACCUUCCAUUUCAAAGGUACAUUGUGGAAUGCCAGUCUGAUGUCACCUAUCCAACUUACUUGAACAAUCCUGGAGCUCUUUUUGAUCUGUCUGUAAUUCGAGCUCCUCCUGAAGAGAGCAAUGAGAAGGGAGCUCUGAAGCAGCGGUUGCCACUUUUACCAUUUGAUGUGCGAAAUCUCAUUGCCUGGCCAGUUCAGGAAGAACUAGGUCUGGAUGAGUCCCAGAUGAAAGCAUUUCAGUUGGCAUUGACCAAGGAAUUGGCCAUUAUACAAGGACCACCGGGGACUGGAAAGACCUAUGUGGGGCUGAAGAUUGCCCAAGCUAUUCUGACGAAUGAAAGAGUAUGGCAACGACAGCAUGGCAGGAACCCUGUGCUGGUGGUCUGCUAUACUAAUCAUGCACUGGACCAGUUCCUGGAAGGCAUUCAUUCUUUUUUGGAAAAGGGUAUUGUGAGAGUGGGUGGCCGAAGCAAUAGUGAAAUCCUUAAGAAUUUUACACUGAGAGAACUGAGAGGUGCUAAGAAUUUUCGAAAAAAUUUACCUAAUCACCUGCGACGAGCUUACUUUGAGAUUACAAGUGAACUGGCCCAGGCAGAACAUCGCAUCCGAGAGGAGGCAGGGCAUCUUGAAUGUAUCCUACGUGGGGUUCUGCAUGAGCAAUUUCUGGAACGGUUCAUUCGUGUGGAGCACUGGAAUUCUCUCCAUCAUCUGCCAUUUUACAAGGGCAUCCCUGUCUAUGGAAAAAAAGAUUCCCUGAUUCUCGAGUGGCUGGGCCUAGGAACUUCAGGGUUCCAGAUGACACAUCAUCAUCAGGCUGCAGAGUACAAUGCAGAAGCUGAAAAUGAAAAUGAGAACGAGGAUGAAGAGAGUGAAGAGCUGAUUCCUGUGGAAGAAGAGGCAGCUUUAAUCGAAGCUGAGAGGAUGAUUGAGGAAACUGACUCAAGAGACAAGCCCCGCAAGAGGAAGGAGGACUCAGAUGUGAAGGCCCUGUCCGGACUAUUGCUUGCAUUGAGCCUGGACCAUAAGGAGGAGCAGGAGGAAACUUUGGGCAAUCAGGCACCUCAAGAUGAUGGCUGGAAGAUGCAGCGUGAGCAGAAAAAAAGAAUCAAACAGCGCAUGAAGAAGGAGCUUCAGAAAACUUCAGUGAUGGAUAAGGAAGAGGAAGAAGGUAUUAGAGAUAUCUGGAGGCUUGAUCUGAAAGACCGCUGGAGGCUAUAUAGGUUGUGGGUGCAGCACUACCAGACGGACAUGCGUCGUCGUGCUCAGCAGUCAGAACAAUUGUUCCAGAAUGCUGCUGAGCGCCUGGCCGAGAUCCGACUGCGAGAAGACCUUUGCAUUCUGAAGGAGGCCCGUGUCAUUGGCAUGACAACCACAGGGGCCGCAAAGUUCAGGAAGCUGCUACAAGAAGUUAAACCCAGGAUCAUUAUUGUGGAGGAGGCUGCAGAAGUGUUGGAGGCGCAUACAAUCACCACUUUGAGCCAAGCCUGCCAGCACCUCAUCCUAAUUGGAGACCACCAACAGCUUCGCCCCAGUGCCACUGUCUAUGACUUGGCAAUGAACUUUAACCUGGAAGUAUCCUUAUUUGAAAGACUGGUCAAAGUAAAAUUCCCUUAUGUUAGGCUCAAUUAUCAGCAUCGAAUGCGGCCUGAAAUUGCUCAGCUUCUCACCCCCCAUAUCUAUUCAGAGCUGGAGAACCACCCCUCUGUUGAGCAGUAUGAAAAUGUUAAGGGUGUCUCAUCAAACCUCUUUUUUGUGGAGCAUUCUUUUCCGGAGCAGGAAAUUCAAGACGGCCGUAGCCACCAGAACCUCCAUGAGGCCCAGUUUGUUGUGGCACUCUGCCAGUACCUAAUCUGUCAAGACUAUAAGCCUUCACAAAUCACAAUACUCACCACAUACACUGGGCAGCUUUAUUGUCUGCGUAAACUCCUUCCAGCACGUCGGUUUUCUGGGGUAAAAGUGCAUGUGGUGGACAAGUACCAAGGAGAGGAAAAUGAUAUUAUCCUUUUAUCACUUGUUCGCAGCAACCAAGAUGGGAAGGUAGGGUUCCUAAAAAUCGCUAACCGUGUAUGUGUGGCACUUUCCCGUGCCAAAAUGGGGCUUUAUUGCAUUGGGAACAUGAAACUGUUUGGGAAAAUUCAACUGUGGAGCAAUAUCCUGCACACAUUGAGAGAAAAUAAACAUAUUGGACAUUCUUUGAUGCUUUGCUGCCAGAAUCACCCUGACACCAGGUCCUUAGUAUCAUCAGUCAAAGACUUCCAACAAGUACCUGAAGGUGGCUGCAGUAGACCGUGUGAGACACGCCUACAGUGUGGACAUGUUUGUACCAGAGCUUGCCACCCUUAUGACAAAGAUCACAAACUUUUCCAGUGCUUAAAACCCUGUCAGAAAGUACUGUGUGGUUUAGGGCACCGCUGUCCUGGACUUUGUUUCCAGGAUUGCCAGGAAUGCAGAGUCCCUGUGGAGAAGGAUAUCCCCUACUGUGGACAUAAACAAAUGGUUCCCUGUUACCAGGACCCCUUAGACUUCAUCUGCAAAGUGCCUUGUCCUAAGAAGCUACGCUGUGGGCAUCCAUGCACAAAUGUCUGUGGAGAGUCAUGCACCAAAAAAUGUGCUGUAGUUAUACAGAUGGAAUUAGCCUGUGGCCAUGUGCAGGAGGUGGAAUGUUAUUAUAGAAGACAAGUAUCCGAGGGUGGCAGACAGCCAGCUUGCAGGGCAGCAUGUGAAACCAAGUUGCACUGUAAGCAUCCCUGCUCUGGCACAUGCCAUACUUGUUUUCAAGGCCGAUUCCAUGUGGACUGCAGCCUAAUUUGCCGAAGACCACUCAUCUGUUCUCAUCAGUGUCGGGAACCCUGCACAACUGACUGCCCACCCUGCUCUUUGCCAUGUGAAAAUCGUUGUGUGCAUAGUGCAUGUAAAAAGGCCUGCGGUGAACUUUGUGCUCCAUGUGUCGAGCCAUGUGAAUGGAGUUGUCCUCAUUUUAGUUGCACCAACCUUUGUCAUGAGCCUUGCAACCGUCCACCAUGUAAUGAGCCUUGCAACAAACAAUUGAAAUGUGGGCACCCCUGCAUUGGCUUGUGUGGAGAACCAUGCCCCAAUAAAUGUCGUAUAUGCCAUCACACAGAACUCACAGAGAUUUUCUUUGGUAAUGAGGAUGAACCUGAUGCCCGCUUUGUUCAAAUGGAAGACUGUUUCCAUAUUUUAGAGGUGACAGGUUUGGACCACUACAUGAGCUUAGAUGGAGAAGGGCAUGGUAACAAUGAUGAAGAGAGAACUGACCAACAAAAUAGAGUAAUUAAGCUGAAGGACUGCCCAAAAUGCCGCACUCCAAUUCGCCGGAACUUGCGUUAUGGCACCAUUAUAAAUCAAAGUCUAGAUGAGAUUGAGAAAGUCAAACGUCUUAUUCUUGGCUGCCCUGUGGAGGCCGAAAAGAAACAGAAAUACUUAAGUCGUCUGCUAAAAGAAAAACAAAGCAUCAGUCUUCUUUUAGUAAAGGAAUUCCAAAAUCUAAAAUCACAGCUGAGCCAACCUGAGCUUCCUCUGAGAACUUUGAAUCUUCUUGAGAUCAUGAUGACUUUUUAUGAGAGGCUAGCCAAAUUGAAAGAAGCCGAGCAGAAAAUGGAGGGAGAGGCACUGAGAAUUUUUAACACACGGGUGGCGGAAUGCAUUCAGUGGCUGGAAAAUCCUAUUAUGCGUUUCUCUGAGCAACAGAUCUUUGAUCUACAGAGGGAGUUUCAAAGACUAGGUUUGCUGGCAAAUCUGAAUGAACGAUGUAGACUUGCUCAUGUUGCAGGAAGGUCUCUGAGCCAGGAAGUGAAAAAUAGUGUGGCCUGUUUACGUGACCUGCUACAGGGUAGGUUCAAGUUCACCAGUGAGGAUGAAGAGAAAGUUCACAGAAAGCUGGAAGAGCUAAAUUCUGAUCUCCCUAAGAGUGGACUAGGGAUUACGCAGCAGGAAAAAGAGAUGAUUGUUAAGGCAAUGGGCCUCUCUCAAGGGCACUGGUACAAGUGUCCUUUUGACCAUGUUUAUGUCAUAACAGAGUGUGGAGGAGCCAUGGAAAGCAGGAAAUGUCCGUACUGCAACCAUAACAUAGGUGGCAGCAACCACGCCUUAGCUACUGGAAAUCAGGUGGCAACAGAAAUGGAUGGAGCCCUUCAUCCAGCAUGGUCUGAGGCCAACAAUUUGCUGAAUUUUGAGGAUAUCAGGAGGUUUAAUCUGUGAACUAAGUAAGUAGUAAGAAAUGGAAGCUGAAAAACAUAAUGAGGAUUAACUAAAUAAUUUAGAUUAAAAUUAUACAUACUUAAAUCUAUAUUUAUAUAGAGACUAGUUUAAGACUCUUUUAAUGAACAGACAAAUGCUGUAUGAAUUUUGUUUAGAGGAAGCACAUAAUCUAAGCCAUAUGGUGAAAUGUUAAUAAGUAAAGGGCUAGGCCAUGCUACAGAUACUCCUACUCAACUUCAAACCUUAUUUCUUAUGUUCUGUUAAAUUAACUUUUCUGUGCACAGCUGUUUCACCAAUUUACUUUUAUUAUAUAUUUAUGUACCUGGCCCUUUGCUGCAGUGGGUUCCUGUCGAAUGUUGAUACUUGCCUUUCUUCUAAUACUUGACAACCCUCUAAACGUUGUGCUUAGUAAAUAGAUGAAUGAACGAAUGAAUUAUUCUUGUUCUAUCUCCAAAAUAGUAAAAUGUCAACCUCAAUUUAUACUUCUCCAUCAGACAAGAUGGAAGUGAUUAAACAUAUCCUUUAACCUUCAGCUUUGACCUCGACUGUGUCUAUGUCAGUUGUACAUUCUAAAAACACAGUAGCCCUUUCAUUGCAGAUUAUAGAAGAAUACAUGGAAGUAAUGAACUACCCUGUCUCUACAAGUAACAGCUUAGUGUCACUGCCCUUAAUUUGUUGAUUUAACUGAUUUGUUAAAUAACCCCAACUAAACAGUGUCUUCUCCAUUCAGAGAUUAUUAAAAUGAGAUACACAUCAGUGUUUGUGCUGUUUAGCCAGAGGCAGUGAAGACUAUUAAAUAUACUUCCAUCCAUCCAUCCAUUUUCCAACCCGCUGAAUCCAAACACAGGAUCACGGGGGUCUGCUGGAGCCAAUCCCAGCCAACACAGGGCACAAGGCAGGAAACAAGCCCGGGCAGGGUGCCAACCCACCGCAGGACACACACAAACACACCCACACACCUAGCACACACUAGGGCCAAUUUAGAAUCGCCAAUCCACCUAACCUGCACGUCUUUGGACUGUGGGAGGAAACCCACGCAGACACGGGGAGAACAUGCAAACUCCAUGCAGGGAGGACCCGGGAAGCGAACCCGGGUCUCCUAACUGCAAGGCAGCAGCGCUACCACUGCGCCACAUGUACUAAUAAAAGCCAUGUCACAUGACUUGAGAUUUCCAGUCGUAGUUUUCAUUUACACAAUCUCAGCACAAUGGUGACAGUCGGUGACCUGUUGCUGUAACUCCCAGUUCUGUAAUCAAACAUACCCAGUGACUCACUCUAACAGCUUUACUUUUUUCACUUCCUAUUUUUGUUUUAUUAAAAUGGAUCUUUCACACAGGCAAAUGGGAUCAAGUUAUAUGGUAAGUGGCAGGCUCCUUUUUCAUGUACAUUUCAUUGGUAAUUGGUUACUGGUUAAGAAAACAAAGCAGAUAAAAAGAAUGAAUGCUAUUUAAGACUAAAACAAGGAAUUAAGUGUUGGGAAUCUUUUUAAAAUAAAAUUACGCAUAAAUGUGUUUUAGCAGUUUAUGUUAAACAUUUUAGGUUUAGAAGGAACUUCCAUCUAUGUUUCUGUAAGCCUUUAAAACCUAAAACUGGUUGAUGAUAAAAUUGCAGGCGCUGUGGCCAAGUGGCAGGUUCAGUGCCGUAUUUUACACCGGUCAAGUUACUAUAGUUCAACUACAUGAACUUUAGAUAUAGAAAUGUAUAAAGAAAUGUAAUGUAUCUGUGAAUGGAGAUUAUACUUACUCUAAAAGGGACUGCAUAAAAAUAAAGAUGGUCUGAAUUUACUUCUCA